UUGCUCUCUCCGAACACGAUCAUCAGCACUACUCGCGUGAUUCGCAGAAGCUCCUUGGAUAAUGGCCCCAUCCCCACCGUCUAAUGGCGAUUCUUCGUCCAACUCCUCCUCUUCUUCUUCUCCACCCCCACCAGAUGAUACUAAUUCUCCGCCACCACCUUCAUCGUCUUCCUCAUCGCCACCGCCGCCACCGCCAGAUGAUUCCAACUCCUCUCCACCGCCACCCUCGGAUGACUCUGACUCAUCCUCCCCGCCCCCGCCAUCUCCUGACAAGUCGAACUCCUCCCCACCUCCACCACCUCCUAACUCAUCCCACAAAUCCCCUCCGCCCCCAAAAAAUGACAACGGUGGCAACAACUCGCAGUAUUCCCCACCGCCACCUCCACCGCCUCCACCACCACAUUCGAAGCUCGCACCUCCACCUCCACCGCACAAGUCUUCAUCACACCGUGCCCAUCCUCCCCCGAGUUCAUCAUCCAAGGAUGACAACUCUUCGCCGCUAUCUGGCAAAGUACCGAUCAUAGUCGGGGUUGCAGUUGGAGCGGCGUUAUUGUUACUUGUGCUGAUCUUGAUCUUCUGCUCAUGCCGAAGGAAGAGGAGGAAACCUCCGCCUGAGAUGAUGUAUUGGGAUCAUGAGUCUGAAAGGUCUAGAGAUGAUUAUUACCAUCAACAGCCCAUGCAACACGUCGUUAAGAUGCCCUCGCCGGCUGUAAAGCCAGGCUGGCCGCCGCCGCUGAGCAGUGGGGAGGUGAGCUCCAACGAAUUCUCUCGUCCCUUAGGCCCUCCAAUGCCGCCGCCGCCACCGACCAUAGCCCUGGGGUUCACGAAGAGCACCUUCACCUACGAAGAGCUGGCUGCUGCCACCGACGGCUUCUCCCAGGCGAACCUUCUUGGCCAGGGAGGGUACGGAUACGUGCACAAGGGAGUGCUGCCAAAUGGGAAGGAGAUCGCUGUGAAGUGUCUCAAGUUGGGCAGCGGGCAGGGUGACAGGGAGUUUCAAGCCGAGGUCGAGAUCAUCAGUCGCGUCCACCACCGCCACCUGGUGUCGCUCGUGGGCUACUGUAUGGCCGACGGCCAGCGGAUACUCGUCUACGAGUUCCUACCUAACAAAACUCUUGAGUAUCACCUUCAUGUUGCAGGAAGAGGUAAAGAUGGUCCGAUCUUGGAUUGGCCAACAAGGCUGCAAAUCGCUCUUGGAUCGGCCAAGGGGCUGGCCUAUCUUCACGAAGAUUGUCAUCCUCGUAUCAUCCACAGAGACAUCAAAGCUGCAAACAUUCUUCUCGAUUUUAAUUACGAAGCCAAGGUAUCUGACUUUGGAUUGGCCAAGUUAUCUUCCGAUAACUAUACCCACGUCUCGACCCGCGUCAUGGGAACGUUCGGGUACCUUGCUCCUGAGUAUGCAGCGAGUGGGAAGCUGACCGAGAAGUCGGACACCUUCUCCUUUGGCGUAAUGCUUCUGGAGCUGAUAACCGGGAGGCGCCCCGUAGACAUCAAUGUUGGGGACUACUCGGACGAUGAAAACUUAGUCGACUGGGCAAGGCCAAUAAUAUCGACUGCCUUGGAAGAAAGGGAUUACAGUGAGUUGGUGGACCCACGGUUGGGUGAUAGCUUUGCCCCACACGAGAUGGCUCGUAUGGUUGCAUGUGCAGGGUCUUGCAUUCGGCACUCCGCUCGAAGACGACCCAAAAUGAGCCAGGCUGUUCGAGCAUUGGAAGGCGAUGUGUCCUUGGACGACUUGAAUGAGUGGGUGAGGCCGACCAACGGGUCGGUCUUCGGAGGAAGUAGUACGGACAACCUCUCGCAGACUGGCUCCAGCAACAAUAACAGUGUAGAAAUGAAAGACCCUAACAAGAAAACAGGUUUGGACAGUCAGGAAUUCGCAAACAACAGCAGUGAACAGAGCGUCCGGACUAAUCAGUUCGAUCAGCAUUUUCGGCACUCUCCCUCUCCGAGUAGUGACUCGCAAGAAAUGCAAAAGAUCAGAUUUCAAAUAUAAAUAAAGAGAGACUGUGAAUAUCGACGUCGGGUUAGCUAGCAUGAUAAACCAAAUGUCAUUAUUCAUAUAGUUGCAGAGUUCCAUCUUCGCUUCGCCUUGA